AUCAUUGUUAACCAUAAUUAUCAGGUUUUAGAAAAUAUGAAGAGAACAGUGUGCUACACUCUAAUUCUUAAAGCUUCCAUUCUGCUUUCAAGUUUGGUUCUUUCUGUAAUAAGCAAACCUUUCUUCAUGUUCGGUGCUGCAAAUCAACAAGAACUCUUCAAAGUUGAUCCAACAACUAGAAUACAAGAUGUUUCAAGACCCUAUGACUCUUCUACACAGGUGAAAGAAUAUGAAGAAGCAUUGAGGGGAAUGAGUAGUAGGAUUGGUUCAAGACCACCAAGAUGUGAACAUAGAUGUGAAGGAUGCAUUCCUUGUAACCCAAUUCAGAUUCCUACCAACAAACAUCUUGUUGGUGUUCAGUAUGCUAAUUAUGAGCCUGAAGGAUGGAAAUGCAAGUGUGGCACUUCUUUCUUCAACCCCUAAUUAGUUGAUCAUGUUUUGUUAUAGUUUAGUUAAAUUUGUUAUGUUUGAGUGGGUUAAUUUGGGAGAUAAUAGUUGUGACCAUUUUCUAUUUGUUAUUAUCUAGUUUAUAUGUGGGACUUUCUUCAUGUAAUGUGUGAAAAGUGAUUUAUGUCUCAAAGGUGA